AUGCACCUGCUUGUCACUGUUGACAAGUUCACAAAGUGGAUCGAGGCCCGGUCGAUUGUGAUGAUCAAUUCUGAGCAGGCCAUGGAAUUUUUUCUUGACAUCAUCCACCGCUUUGGAGUACCGAACUCCAUCAUCACAGACAAUGGUACGCGGUUUACGGGGAAGGAAUUCCUCAAGUUCUGUGAUGACUACCAUAUCCGAGAUGAUUGGGCCACCGUGGCGCACCCCCGCACGAACGGGCAGGUCGAAUGCGCGAAAGACAUGGUCUUACAGGGGCUCAAGCCUAGAAUCUUCAAUCAAUUGAAGAAGUUCGUCGGGCGGUCGGUUGCCGAGCUCCCCGUGGUUCUCUGGAGCCUCAGGAUGUCCCCCAGUCGAGCGACCGGUUUCACCCCUUUCUUCAUGGUCUACAGUUCUGAGGCGGUGCUCCCAAUCGACCUGGACUAUGGAGUGCCCAGGGUAGAGGCGUACAACGAGCAAGGAGUAGAGACUUCCCUCGAAGACGCGAUGGACCAGCUCGAUGAAGCGCACGAUGUUGCACUACUUCUUUCGACCAAGUACCAACAAGUGCUGCGAUGGUACCACGGCUGCCGAGUGCGAGGUCGGGCGUUCAACGUCGGUGAGUUGGUGCUACGGCUUGUCCAGAGCAAUAAGGACCGUCACAAGCUCUCCCCACCCUAG